AUGGCCACACUGCGCAUCUCGACACCGGCAGAGCGCACCUGGGCACCGCUCAUCUCGCCCGUCUCGCCUGCGAGCGCCUCGACGACGCCCCACGACUCGCACUCGCUCUCGGCACGCUGUCGCCUCCUCGCAUCGCGCUUCGGCGAGAACGCAGUGCACGAGGACGACCACUUUGAGCACCCCGAGCCACAGCAGCGCGGCGCGAGUCCAAAGACGCCGUCGCCGUCCCGUGCUGCGCCGUUCCCGCUCUCGCCCAUCUCGCCUCGCUCCGUCCCGCACUCGCAGCUCCACCCGCCCCCGACGCCAGAGGGCACGCACAUCCUCAACGAGAUCCUCGAGGAGGAGGCAGAGACGCCCCGUGGCGACAAGGAUGUGACGUCGGCGUGGGCUCCACCUCGUCUCGACGUCCCGACUGGAGGAGACGGAGACACUCUCCCGCUCUCGCCAGGACAGCCGCAGGGACUCUAUGGCUCGUCCAUGCCCGCAGACGACGAGGUCUCGUCGAGCUCGUACGAGCCGCCCGCGUUCAGUCCGCUCGCAGCGCGCAGGGGGAGCAGGUUCAGCUUCGACCGCUUCGACGUCCCUCAGAACGGCGACGACGACGACCUGACUGAGGCGACGGUCGAGGAACGCGAGGCGGAACUUCGCCAGACGCUCAGGGACGGCGCAACCUGGUUGCCUGUCGAUGUCUGGCUCGUCGACGGAGAGUUGCUCGUCGGACGCAGGAUGGAAGAGCUCGAGUCGACCCGGACCUUCUCAAGCUGUUUUGUCGAACCCCUCCUCCGCAUCUUCUCCACCUCGAACCCCCCAAUCGGCCACGCACAUCACCGCCGCCGCUCCUCGAUCUUCUCCCAAAUCAAGCCUCACUCGCCUCUCCAACUCGUCCUGCGCCUUCACACUCCCGCAUCCCUCACUUUUCCAUACGUCCUCGACGCCCUCCAGCCUCUCCACGAUGCGUCGCUCCUCACUUCGUACUGCCCGAACGCCGGCACAACUACGCCAGCAGUCAUCACCGUCGUCUCCUCCUCGGCGGACGGGGCAGAGAUGGUCCCAGCCGAAGACCUUGAAGCGGUCCACGGCUCGCGCUUCGUCUACCGCGACGCGCCCAUCUCUUCCCUCCUCUCGACAAAUUCCUCUGCACUCGAUCCGCAACUCACGCCUGUCGCUGCGGGCGUGCUGAAAGACUCGACGGGGUGGGACGGACAGUCGCCUGUGACGGACGAGCAGCGCCAGAAGAUUGUUGAGCAAGUUGAGGGAGCGCACAGGCGCGGGAUCAAGAUCCGGUACGAGGGACUGCCGCAGUUUCCCGUUCAUGUGCGCGAGAACAUCAGGUCGACGUUGGUUGCGCUUGGUGUGGACUACCUCUAG